AUGGAGGAGCGAUCACGCACCUGCCUCGUGAGCUGCGGCGACGUCACGCUCAAGCUCACGCUCACUAGCAAGAUGCUCAAGCGGCCCUUUGUGGACACGGUGCUUGCGCCCUUCCUCAAGGCCUACUCGAAGAAGGCGGGCCUGUACGCGGGGCGGCUGCCGACACCGGCGGACGUGGCGAGCGUUGAGGUGGAUGGCGUCCCGCUCGGCGACCACGGCCUCGGCAGCGGCAUCGUGCUUCUGGCGCGAGAGGCGGUCGACGUGGACGUCGAGCUCAAGCCGCCUCCCGCGGCGGCCGCCCCUCCGCAGGGCCUCUCGCAGACGCUGCCCGACGGCCCAUUCGGCGGCCCAUUCGGCGGCCCGUUUGACGGUGGUGGCGCCGAUUCGUCGGCGCGGGAGCCGCCGCGGCCUCCGGAGGGAGGCUACCCGCUGCCGCCCGGGAGCCUUGUGCUGGUGCAAGGACUCGCCUCCGAGGCGGGCCGCGCGCUCAACGGGACGCGGGGCGAGGUGGUAUCGUGGUUGGAGGAGAAGCAGCGGUACCAGCUGCGCGGGGAGGGCGGCCAGCUGGCGGGCGACGCUGUGCCGGUCGGGGAGCGGCUGCUCGCACUGGAGCGGAGGACCGACUCUGCAGGCGUGGCGCUCGGAGGUCUGUCCUCCUCCCUCGCCCGGGUCGACUUGGACGACGCGGCGGACGCGGUGGAGUGCGUCCACCGCAAGGCCUCCUCCGCGCUCGCCUCGCUGGCCGCGCUGCAGGUGGAGGUGGAUGGACUCGACGGGCUGGAAGGGCUCGACGAGGCGGAGAGGGGCGAAGCGCGCGCGCGGCGAAAGGCGGUGUGCGGCAGGCUGGCGGCGCUGGCGGAGGAGGGCGCCGCGCUGCGGACGGCGCUUGGCGAAGCGCAGAGGCGCGUCGAGGACUGA